UUCUGAGACGGACUCUUAACCGCUCCAAGGUGGCCCCAUUCAAAAUGCCUUUCAAAGCGUUUGCUACUUUCAAAGAAAAACUUGUGAAACCUGGGAAGGAAGGUGUGAAGAACGCCGUGGGAGACACGUUCGGGAUUGUGCAAAGAAAAAUCGAUGGGACCAAUGAGGAAGAGGACAGUAUAGAGCUGAAUGAAGAAGGAAGGCCAGUGCAGGCAUCCAGGCCAAGCCCCCCAUUCUGUGACUGCCACUGCUGUGGGGUCCCCAAGCGUUACAUCAUAGCCAUCAUGAGUGGGCUGGGAUUCUGCAUUUCCUUUGGGAUUCGAUGCAAUCUUGGAGUUGCCAUCGUGGAAAUGGUCAACAACAGCACUGUGUACGUUGAUGGAAAACCAGAAAUUCAGGUUGCUCAGUUUAACUGGGAUCCAGAGACGGUGGGCCUGAUCCAUGGAUCUUUUUUCUGGGGUUAUAUUAUGACACAGAUUCCAGGCGGUUUCAUUUCAAACAAGUUUGCUGCUAACAGGGUCUUUGGAGCGGCCAUUUUCCUAACAUCGGCUCUGAACAUGUUCAUUCCGUCUGCAGCCGGAGUGCAUUACGGCUGCGUCAUGUGUGUGCGAAUUUUACAAGGGCUGGUGGAGGGUGUGACUUAUCCCGCCUGCCAUGGGAUGUGGAGUAAGUGGGCACCGCCUCUGGAAAGAAGCAGACUGGCCACAACCUCUUUUUGCGGUUCCUAUGCGGGGGCAGUGGUAGCCAUGCCCCUGGCGGGGGUGCUGGUGCAGUACAUCGGAUGGUCCUCUGUCUUUUACAUUUAUGGUAUGUUUGGGAUUCUUUGGUACGUGUUUUGGCUGCUGCAGGCCUAUGAGUGUCCCGCAGCGCAUCCAACAAUAUCUCCCGAGGAGAGGACCUACAUCGAGACGAGUAUAGGAGAAGGCGCCAGUGGCGUCAGCCCGAGCAAAUUUAAUACACCGUGGAAAAGGUUUUUCACGUCCCUGCCGGUGUAUGCCAUCAUUGUGGCGAACUUCUGCCGAAGCUGGACCUUUUAUUUGCUGUUAAUAAGCCAGCCUGCUUAUUUUGAAGAGGUCUUCGGAUUUGCAAUAAGUAAGGUGGGUCUCCUGUCGGCCGUCCCACACAUGGUGAUGACCAUCAUCGUGCCCAUCGGAGGACAACUGGCUGACUACUUAAGAAGCAGGAAACUUUUGACCACAACUGCUGUCAGGAAAAUCAUGAACUGUGGAGGUUUUGGCAUGGAGGCAACCUUACUGCUGGUGGUUGGCUUCUCACACACCAAAGGGGUGGCUAUCUCCUUUCUUGUCCUUGCUGUAGGAUUUAGUGGCUUUGCUAUUUCAGGUUUCAAUGUCAAUCACCUGGACAUUGCCCCCCGCUAUGCCAGCAUCCUCAUGGGGAUCUCAAAUGGAGUGGGGACCCUCUCUGGAAUGGUCUGUCCCCUCAUUGUCGGUGCAAUGACCAAGCACAAGACCCGGGAGGAAUGGCAAAAGGUGUUCCUCAUAGCCGCCAUGGUGCACUACACUGGUGUGAUCUUCUACGGGGUCUUUGCCUCUGGGGAGAAACAGGAGUGGGCUGACCCUGAGAACCUCGCCGAGGAGAAGUGUGCGAUCAUCGACCAAGAUGAGUUAGCUGAGGAAACAGAACUCAACCCCGAGAGUUUUGUGACCCCCCAAAAGAAGAUGUCUUACGGAGCCACGACCCAGAAUUGUCCAGUUGGGAAGAAUGCAUGGGGAGGGCAACGAGGAGACCCUCUCGAUGAGGAAGGGCCGACAUCCUACCAGAAUGAAGACGGACACUUCCCAGAAACACUCUAGUGUUUGCGGGGCCCUAAUCUGCUCUUCACUGUUGAGCCAGAAAGUAUCCAUGAUUGCCUUCUCCACAACCGGGCUUUUUCGGGGGCCAGCAAUGGGGGACACUGAAGAUAUGUGGGAAGAGGGAAGAGUUUCCACCAGCAAUAGAGAAAAGAGAAAGACAUUUAUUGAUCUGGAGCUUGAUCUCAGUUGAUAAAAUAGAUUAGUUUAACAACAACAACAAAAGAUUGAUUUUUGACCCUUCCUCAAAGAACCUCCUCUAUUCAGCGAGGAACGAUUAAAGGAACACGAGAGAUAAUACCAAGAUGUUCAAAGAAACAUGGAAGGAAAUGGGUAUAUUUGGCCUCAAGCUUAAUAGUUGCCAGCCUAUUUCUGAGGGGCCCUGGGGCCUUGGACUGCCAGCCACAAGUUCCCUGCGCCUGUAAAGACCGACAGCUUCCGAAGCCCCCAGGGCCAGUUCUACCCUGUCCUGUAAGGGCAGCCCUAGCUGGGAGGUUUCAUCCUUCCAAUAAAGGCUGCUGCUCAUGCAGAUCCCAUAUUGCGCCAGGUGCUUUAUAAAAUUAUUAGCUUUCCUGUGGGUUACUUUUCUUAUUCCCAUUUUACAACUGAGUAAACAGAAGCAAUGAGAGAUUAGUUUACCCAGGACCAUGAUGUGAGGGCCAGCAGAGCUUGGGGGAGAGAGAUUUCAGUUUAGUGUAGAAAGUUUUCUAACAAUGAAUUCUCUCUGAAACUGGACUAUCUUGUUCUGGGUCAUUUCCUAUGUAGGCAGGGGUCUGGGCCAGAAAAUCAUUUGGAAUGAUGUUGCCAAGGGGAUUCAAACACUGGCUGAGGCAUGAGAUUCUCCAGACAUUUAGGGUCCUAAACUAGUCAACUGAGUCUGUAAAUCCAAAGCUUUUUAAGAUAAUAAAGAUCACAGACCACAUGAGAGAUUCAGAUAUGCUAAAAGGAAAAAUAAAUUAUUUGAGAAAACCAAAUUUCCAGGAAUUCGAAGAUCAGAAUGACCAGGAAUCA